AUGUUCGCCUUCGCAGAUGGGACGGCAGGCCAACGCGCUCGUGGUGGCGGAAAGCGCAACGGCGGCAGGGCUGCCGCGGCCAAGGGCGGUCCCUCGGGCAGGCAGUCGCAGGAUGCGGAUGGAGGCGACGAGGGGGAUCAUGCCGAGCCGGAAGCUCGUGGUGGCGGAAAGCGCACCGGCGGCAGGGCUGCCGCGACCAAGGGCGGUCCCUCGGACUCGCAGGAUGCGGAUGGUGGCGACGAGAAGGAUCAUGCCGAGCCGGAAGCUCGUGAUGGCGGCAUACGCAACGGCGGCAGGGCUGCCGCGGCUAAGGGCGGUCCCACGGGCAGGCAGUCGGAGGAUGCAGAUGGUGGCGACGAUAGGGAUCAUGCCAAGCCGGAAGCUUGUGGUGGUGGCAUUCGCAACGACGGUAGGGCUGCCGCGGCCAAGGCUGGUCCCUCGGGCUCAGAGGAUGCGGAUGGUGGCGACGAUAAGGAUCAUGCCGAGCCGGAAGCUCGUGGUGGCAGCAUGCGCAACGGCGGCAGGGCUGCCGCGGCUAAGGGCGGUCCCUCGGGCAGGCAGACGCAGGAUGCGGAUGGUGGCGACGAGAAGGAUAAUGCCGUGCCUGCAUGCCGUGGCGUCAACGAUCAUGAUGAGGACGAGCCAGCAGCUGUGACUGAUGAGAAAGGUGGACGUGAAGCUGUGAUUCCCUACCAACGGCGCAAGGCUGUGGAUCCGGGCAGUUGCGACCAUAAGGCGAGACAAGCUCGGCGCGGCCACAAUGUGGAUGUUUUGAGCUCGUCUGGUUCCGAGGAAGAUUCGAGCGACAGUGAGUCGGGCAGCUCAUCCGGGAGUGAGGAGGUAUACGAGGACGAGGUUGAGGAGGAGGAGGACGAGGAUGAUGAGGAGUUGGAGCCGGAGAGCAAGGAUGGGGAGGAGGCUCGGCCUUUGAACAGGAGGAGUGUGCGGAAGCUCAAGAAGGGCAACGCUAAGCAAAAAUCAGAGAGGGGACGGGUGAAGAUAUGUAAACAGAGUGCGCGUUGUGCCAAACCUUAUGGCAAGCGCCAGAGACCUCGAUUUGAAGCAAAAAAAGUGGGUGUGCGUAGCAAGGCGAGGCGGGAGUUGAAUUUUUACGUAUCAAUGGGGAUACGAUGUCCAUCAAGCUCUCAUGAACGGCAAGCCGCGGACCCGUACGCUGCGUUACGCAAUCCGAGGGGUUCGGCUGGGAAGGGAGAUCAGAUGGCUUGGGGGUCAGCGCGGUUGGGCAAAGAAGCGACGGACCCGCCCCCCAACCAUAUGGGGGGUCGCGCGGUUCAUGUGAAGAACGAGGGGGCAACGAAGCGGCACGAACCCUCGGUAGCUGCAGCAGCGAAUGACGGUGUGGGAGGAGGUGUGUGGGCGAAUGCCUUGGGUGAAUGUGGCGGCGGUGUGGAAGGCUCCAUGUGGGAUAUACGGGAGAGCAGGGGAGAAGGGGGGGACGAGAAACUGGAUCCGACGACUAAGGAGGGGAGGGGAGAGAGCAUGGGCACACUUGGCGUAUCCAAUCGGCCGGAUGUGGCAGGCGGCAGGACUGUGGAGCAGCUCAUGCGAGAGCUUGCCCAGCGGGAUCGCGAAAUCGCUGCACUCAAAGCAAGGCCAGGAUCAAAAGGAGCUGUCAAGCCCUGCACCCCUCCAUCUAGGCCUCCUCCUAUAGCAUCUCUGUCGAGCGGCCCAUCUAUAGGGGGCUUCGAUCCAGACGUGGAGCCAGAAAGCACAGCGACGGUAGACGUACCGGUCCGUCGAACGCGUGGGAUGCCCACACCCAAGCUGCUGAAGAGCCCCUGUUCCUGGUGCUGGUGGUGGUGUGGGUGUCAUGCGGCGGAGGGAAUAGAGGAAGCCGUAUCCGUCAACCCCAUGCGGCCCCCUUUCUGUCCGCCGCUCCUCCCUCCCCUCUCUAUCCCGUCCCUCUCCCUCCUCGUCCAGAGCCACUGUAAAAGAUCUCCUGUUCAUGGUGCUGGUGGUGGGGUGGGUGUCAUGUGGCGGAGUGAUCAGCCCAUAUUCAUGGUGCUGGGGGUGGUGUGGGUGUCAUGCGGCGGAGGGAUAGCUAAGCCUAGCUGUCAUCCUUUAUCUCACUCCCCGCCCUCUCCCAUCCCUCCCCUCCCUCUGCGAGAGCCCAUGUUCAUGGUGCUGGGUGUGGUGUGGAAUACAUGUCAGCUCCUGUUCAUGGUGCUGGUGGUGGGGUGGGUGUCAUGCGGCGGAGUGAUAGCUCACCAUAGCAGCUAUCCUUCCUCUCCCUGCACCCUCUCUCCCAUCCCUCCCCCACCUCUUCCCGAGCCCAUGUUCAUGGUGCUGUUGUUGCUUAACGUUGGUUCUUCUCCCACUGUCCCCUUCUCCCGCCCCCCCUUUAAUCUACACCUCUCCCCUUCCCUCCCGCCAUCCCGUUCUCUCCCUCCCUCCAUUUCUCUUCAGCCCUCCCCUUCUAUCCCGCCCUCCAUGUCUCUCCUGCCCUCCCCCUCUCCCCUGCUCUCCCCUUCCCUCCUGCCCUCCCCUUCUCUCCCGCCCUUCCCUGCUCUACUGCCCUCCAGCCAACCCUCCAUUCAUUCUAAACCACCCUCCACUUCGUCCAUACCCUUUGGACAACCCCUAAACCAUGGCGUGCAUGAUCUUCGUCCCCGUCUUGUCCUGCGUGCGCGCAGGAGGGAAUCAGCGGGUCAGCUCGUGGGGAAACAGCAGAGACGGGCUCCCGUUUGCCAACGGCCGAUUGACCAGGGCUUGGCAAAGGUUAAGAAGACCGACUGGAACGUCUCGAACUCCCACCGCAAGAACACCGAGUGGAUGACGGGUUUGCACCGAAAUGUGCGGUGGAUUAUCAAGGACCACUUCACACGCCACACCCCCGUGUACAACACAGUCGUGCACGGCUUCAAGUGGGGCGACCGUGGCCUUUAUCUUCACGAGUCAGAAUUUGAGGCGUUCAAGGGGAAGGCCGUGCCUGACAAGGAGAAGAAGGACUUGAAGGAGGAAGAGCAGGAGGUGUACGACGCGGAGGACUUGAAGACGGAUGACGAGGAGGAUGAGGAGGAGGAGGAGGAGGAGGAGGAGGAGGAGGAGGAUGAGGAGGAGGAGGAGGAGGAGAAGGAGGAGGAGGAUGAGGAGGAGGAGGAAUAG